GCUUCGGAUGUGAAUGUAUAUAUAUAUCCCCACUCACAAGGCCUGCGUCCAUCACUUUCUCCGAAGGUCGGUCCGUCUCAGCCUGCAAGUGUAACUAUCUGAUCAUGUCUCACUCAGGUGCUCAAGGCAGCAUUGGCAGCCACUCUGCCAUUGGACUGCGCAAUUACAAGAUAUACCUCUAUGAAUGUGAGAACUUCCAAGGCCGUAGGAUGGACCUGUUCGGAGAGUGUCGUAACCUGUGUGAGAAGGGUUUCGACAGAAUCGGCUCCAUCAGGGUAGAGUGUGGACCCUGGGUGGGUUAUGAGCAGCAGAACAUGACCGGUGAGAUGUUCAUGCUGGAGAAGGGAGAGUACCCCCGCUGGGACACCUGGUCCAACAGCUACAGGUGUGACCGCUUCAUGUCGGUCAGGCCCGUCAGAAUGGAUCCCCAGGACCACAAGAUUUGCAUGUAUGAAUGUCCAAACUUUGAGGGGCGAAAGAUGGAAGUGUGUGACGAAGACAUUCCAAGCCUGUGGUCUUACGGUUUCCAGGACCGCGUUGGCAGCAUUCAGGUCUCAGGUGGAACCUGGGUGGGAUACCAGUACCCUGGCUAUCGUGGCUACCAGUAUGUGUUCGAAAUGGGCCCUUACAAGCACUGGAACGAGUGGGGCGCCCACCACCCCCAGAUCCAGUCCAUGCGCAGGGUGAGGGACAUGCAGACGCACCGCAGGGGCUGCUUCGAGAUGACCGCAUAAAAGGGGGGAACAGCAAGGGUUCAGGCUUGUCACGCUGCUAAGACAUCCCUUGGAAAUUCUCAAACAGCCACUUUGCCACACGAGCGUUACGGCUUUUUAAGUAUUGUUAUUGCAUUUACUGGCAGGAUUUGGAAGUAUGUGGCACAAUAAAUGAUACUGACUGGUAAAUUCUUGUUGUCAUGAACCUCCAGAGUAACUGCAACCCCCAGUAAAGACAGCAGCAAUGCUCUCUGUUUACAGACCUCAUAGAAAGAUUAGAUGAUUUAUCAUAUUUAUGAACACAGGGAUUGUAGGGGAUAAGUAGAUUUAAUAGUUUGUGUUUUUCUUAGUUUGUUUCAAUUUGCAUCCAUACCUGAAAACUUUUGAUUUUAUUUUCAUUUUUAUUUAUUACGUGUUUCAAGCUGAAAUGAUGCCGAUAAGCUUGUUCAUCAAAGCGCUCUCCCUCUCCUGGGAUCCACAGAUUUUUAGAAAGUUAAAGGGAAAAAAGAUAAAUAAAUAAAUACUAAUCCCAUCACUGCCCACAAAGUACUACCAUGGACAGCUCUCAACUGUGCACAUGCCCUGCAGUGAACUUGCAAGGCAGAGGGAGGCACUAUCUCCUCAUCACACAGGCAACGGUGUCAGAGACUCGAUGAGGACACCGGUCAGCCUGUGGUUAAACACUGGGGGCUGUGCAGGGUUGUGUUUUGCUGAUGUGAAAAUGUUUCGGACGGCCUGUUUCAGCUUAUCGGCGGGACGGUUCACGAGGUUUGCAUUUUACACUUUCUCAGGGAUGCUGGCAUCUGGAAAGCAACUUUCCAAUGGAAAAAAAUAAAUAACCAAAUAAAAAAUAUUCUACCUGAAAAA